AUGAGUGUGUCUGUAGAUAAAGCUUUAGAAAGGAUGCGUCCUUACCUGUGUGAUAAAAUCAUAGCUGAGAGACACUUUGAUUACCUACGUUCAAAGAAAAUACUCACUAGAGAGGACACAGAAGAAAUAUCUUCUCGAUCUUCCAGUAGGAAAAAAACUGGGAAGUUAUUGGACUACUUAGCAGAAAACCCAAAGGGACUAGAUGCUUUGAUUGAAUCUAUCAGACGAGAAAGAACACAAAACUUCCUGUUACAAAAGAUAACUGACGUAGUGUUGAAAGUCAAAAAUGAAAAACUUGAAGCUCUCAAAGGUCUAAGCUGCAGCACCUGUAUGACCUCACUGUACGGAGGAACAAAUAAUCUUUCUAGAUCAUAUUCUGAUGAAUCUAAUUUUUUUGAUAAAACAAAAGACAAAGAAUCUACCCAGAUACAUCAUCCAGAAGAAGAUUAUAGCACCGCCGCAUUUGUGUCUGCUGUCUCUCUUCACUCGAUGAAUUUACCGAUUGCCGAGAUGGGAAAUGCAGAGUGUGUGGUUUUCUCAGCCACCCUACCAGGGCCUGGCGACCCCGGUGCACCCCCCCUCCCUGCAGAGCUCCAGUCAGAGCAGCAAGAGCCAUGUACUAGUUCAACAAGUGACAAUUGCUUUUUGCCUUUGAGGUCGCGUUCUCUUCAACCACAGUGAACGCAGUGACUUUUGACUGUUCAUCCAAAUGGUACUGAAACUUUGUGUGAUGUCUUGUAAGGGUUAAAAAAUGUUUUCAAACUGCUAACUAGCAAAGUCAGAGGAAACAAUCUAUGCUGUUCACAGUUUUUAGGGAGUAAUUUUUUUGUAAUUGGGUGACUCCAGAGCCGCUUGGGUUUAUGUUCUUUAGGGAGCUUUUUUC